ACACCUGCCCUGCCCUGCACUGCACCCAUGGCGCCCGCGGUGGCCGGAGUUAUCGCGAUCGUCCUGCUCGCGGCGGUCGCUUCGACCCUGGCGGUGGCGGGCCUGUCACCCGACGCCGUGGCGCUCCAGGCCUUUCGGAUCGGGCUGCAGGACCCCGACGGCGUGCUGCAGAGCUGGGACCCGACGCUGGCGGACCCCUGCACCUGGUUCCACAUCAUCUGCGACGCCAACAAUCGAGUCACCCACAUAAUGCUUGGCUAUUCGAACCUGUCCGGUCCACUAUCGCCGGAGCUCGCCAAGCUAGACCAGCUACGGGACAUGAUGGUUCGGGCGAGCAAUAUUCAGGGAACCAUCCCGGAAGAGUUCGGCAACCUGGGUAACCUCAUCAGCCUGGACCUGUCCAACAACAGCAUCUCGGGGCCGAUACCCGCGUCGCUCGGGAAGCUGUCCGCGCUGAGAUUCCUGGACCUCUCGAACAACGACCUCUGCGGCACCAUCCCGACAUCUGGAGCGUUUCAGAACCUUCCUCCCAGCAGCUUCGCCAACAACCCGCGCCUGCGCGGCCCCGGCCAGCAGCAGGACGACGACGGCUGCUAGACUAGAUCGACAUGGCGGCGGCCAGCGUACGUGAGCCGUCAAUCGGCGCCCAAGGUUACUACCAGAGCUAGCUGGGAGGGUCGAUGUAGCUAGCUAGCUAGCUGGAUUCAGUGUGCGAGGUUUAAUUAGCUACUAUGUCUGUGUGUAUGUGCUACAGCAGGGUGGGUGUCUAUCUCUUGUACGUACGAUCAAGAGGUAAAUACCAGCCUCCAUAAUGAAAAUAUGAAAUCCAUGCGUUGCCUUCCUUUU